GACUUUGUGAGUUUCUCUUUAUAAAAUUUCAUUUCACUUAGGUUGUUGUUAAUUCUUCUGUGAUGUUCGUCCCUUUCACCAUUUCUUAUCCUUAUUUCUGUGUUUAGUUAGCCAAAAUUUCAUUUGUGUUUUGAUUGUUGUUUUGGUUGAAGCUUUAAGAUAAUCGUUUUUCUCAUUUUUCUUCUCCCUCUUUCUUUUUUUUCUUCCACCAAAUCUGAAAAAAAAAAUGAGAGAAGGUGUUCUAAACAAGAAGAAAGUUAUGGGUAAAUAGGUAAGUGUAGUUUUCACAAAAAAAUUAAUAGCUUGGAUUCAAGUUUGCUCUAACGUGAAAGCUCCAAUUUAUGGCUUAAAGAAAACUCGCGUUUGGAAGCUAGAUCCACAUUUUAGAGAUUUGCUUUUGCGGUUACCAAACAUCAAAAAAUUGGUUAAAAUCACGUUUGGGUACGAGGACUUGCGCUUGGUGGUAAAAAACGCUGAACCAAACAAGCACCGAGUAAUUUUUCAAUCACGCGGUUUACCCCGGUUCAACUCGCACGUGCGACGCAAAUCCAGCACACGUUUCCAAGUCUUCUCUUUCUCUCAUUCGUUUAAACUCAUUCAGACCAAAAACAAAACUGUAGUCGUGUCUGCACUCUGCUCCGUUUUCUUCCUCCCCAGUCCGCCCACUUUCGCCGCCGUUACUUCUCACCUGCUAUGUCGAUCAAAACUAUAAAAGUCGGUAAUGUUUCCUUGGGAGCAUCUGAACAAGACCUUAAGGAGUUCUUUUCCUUUUCCGGUGACAUUGAAUAUGUUGAAAUGAAAAGUCAUGAUGAACGAUCUCAAAUUGCCUUUGUUACUUUCAAGGAUCCACAAGGUGCUGAGACUGCAGUACUACUAUCGGGAGCAACAAUAGUUGAUUUGUCGGUUAACAUAACUCUGGAUCCAGAUUACCGGCUUCCACCUGCUGCUCUGGCAUCAUCUGCCGCUGAGGGUAAAACUCCUGGUGGUGCCGACUCUGCUUUACGGAAGGCAGAGGAUGUGGUCACCAGCAUGCUUGCCAAGGGAUUUAUCUUGGGAAAAGAUGCUGUGAACAAAGCAAAGGGUUUUGAUGAGAAGCACCAGUUAACUUCAACAGCCUCAGCAAAAGUUACAUCUUUUGACCAAAAACUUGGACUUAGCGAGAAAUUAAAUGUUGGUGCAUCAGUUGUGAGUGGUAGAGUUAAAGAAGUGGAUCAAAAGUUUCAGGUUUCAGAAAAGACCAAAUCAGCAUUUGCAGCUGCAGAACAGAAAGUCAGUACCGCAGGGUCUGCUAUAAUGAAGAAUCGCUAUGUACUCACCGGGACUUCCUGGGUAACAGGUGCUUUCAGUAAGGUUGCUAAGGCAGCUGGGGAUGUAGGACAGAAAACAAAAGAGAAAGUGGAAAGUGCAGAAGAGGAACAGAAUCGAAAAGUUGAAGACCAGUAUGCACAGGUCCUUUCUGAGUCCCCGAAAGCGGCAGCAACAAGUGAACUGCACUCUUCCAAGCCUGCACCUGCUCAGGGUUUGAUCCUUUGAUUUACUUCUUGUAUACACCUUCUUUAAAACUCCUGCAAAUUGUUUCCAUGUGAUUCACAUUACAUUUAUAAGCAAAGAGAAACUGAAUUUAUAAACUUUAAAAUGAUAUGCUUUUUUUUUU